AGGGUUAACCUAAUGCACUGGUGUGUAAAGUAGAUUAGCUCGCUAAGCUAACUAGCCCCACAAGUCAAAGUAUCAGUUCUCCGUCGUUGCAUAAUGAGCAGCUGCGCGGAGAGACUUUAAAUCCCCCUGUAAAGGCUCCUACCAUCUCCAGACUGAAGCGCUACGCAAAGCAAGACUCGACUUUUGAGGAAGCUCGGUGUUUCUCCAAACGUUUUGAGGCACCAGUGUGUACGGGACCUGACGUGACGCGGCAGUGGGGCUGGCUUUCCUCCACUCUGCCUGCAUUCAUAAACGGAUAUGAUAAACCAGCGCUGAAUGCACCGGAGCAGCGACAACAGUCAGCUCUCACCAUGGCGGAAGAGGACGACGCGAAGAUUCGGAUUUUACAGAGCCUGAGGGGUAAAAUAUGUGAAGCUAAGAACCUAGGUCCUGUCUCAGGUCCAAACCGACAAAGGGAUCUCUGCACCUUUUGCACCAUAAGUCUGGAUCAGGAGGAGGUGUUCCGCACCAAGGUGUUUGACAAAAGCGUCAGCCCUUUCUACGGAGAGGACUUCUACUUUGAGAUCCCACGUCCAUUUCAGUGUUUAUCCUUCUAUGUUUAUGCCAAGAGCGUUUUCCAAAGGGAGCUACCUGUUGGCAAGGUGUCAAUCCGGAAGGAUGACCUGUGUAAAUACAGUGGCAAGGAGCACUGGUUUAGCCUUCAUCCAGUAGAUCCUAACUCAGAAGUUCAGGGUAAAGUCCAUUUGGAGAUGCGACUGAAUGAAGUGAUCACAGAGAACGGCUCCGUAGGUCAACACUUACUUGUCCGGAUAAUAGAGUGCCAGGGACUGCCUUUGAUCAGUGGGCAGAACUGUGACCCCUACGCCACCGUGUCACUCAUUGGACCUGCCAGAUCUGACCAAAAGAAAACAAAGGUAAAGAAGAAAACCAGCAACCCUCAGUUUGAAGAGACCUUCUUCUUUGAGGUCACACGGUCCAGCAGCUACUCUAAAAAGUCUCAUUUCCAAGUGGAGGACGAGGACAUUGAAAAACUUGAGAUCAAAGUUGAUUUGUGGAACAAUGAGAAUCUGGCUCAGGAUGUGUUUCUGGGGGAGACGCGGGUCCCGGUCAAGAUCCUGCGGAGCGACCACAUCCACAAAGCCUGGUAUCUCCUCCAGCCUAAAGGGAACGGCAGCAAGUCCAAGUCUGAUGAUUUGGGAUCCUUGCGUUUGAAGCUGACCUACAUAGAAGACACGGUGCUGCCAUCUACCUGCUACACACCACUCUGCAACCUGCUGCUCAAAUCCCCAGAUGUGAAGCCCAUCUCGGCGUCAGCAGCACACAUUUUGGGGGACAUCUGCAGAGAGCGAUACGAGGCUGUUCUGCCCACGGUUCGACUGCUGCUCCACCACAAUCGCUUUGUGCCUUUUGUCUCUGCUGUGGCAGCACUAGAGCUGGAGAACACUCAGGAGGCUAACACUAUAUUCCGAGGCAACUCACUGGCAGCACGCUGCAUUGAUGACAUGAUGAAGAUUGUGGGAAAGAAUUACCUGGCGGUUACCCUGAAGCCUGUAAUAGAUGAGAUUUGUGAAUCCAACAAAACAUGUGAGAUAGAUCCGGUUAAACUAAAGGAAGGUGACAACGUGGAGGUUAACAAGGAGAACCUUCAGGGUUAUGUCCAGAAAGUCUUUUCCUCCAUCACACAGUCCAGCUCCAGCUGUCCCCCACUUAUGUGUGAUGUCUUCAGGUCACUGCGACACUUGGCCUGCAAACGCUUCCCAGCUGACCCACACGUUCAAUACUCGGCCGUUAGCAGCUUUGUUUUCCUGCGGUUCUUCGCUGUCGCUGUCCUUUCUCCACACUCCUUCCAGCUCCGCUCCCACCAUCCUGAUCCUGAGAUUUCCCGCACACUUACACUCAUCUCAAAAACAAUCCAGACGCUGGGCAGCUGGGGUAGUUUGUCAAAAAAACUGUCUAGUUUCAAAGAAACCUACAUGUACGACUUCUUCAAAUCAUUCCAAGAAGACAAGUGUAUCGAAAAAGUUAAAAAGUUUCUUGAUGAGAUCUCGUCAAACGUCAGCAAAGAGUCCAGUGGGCUGGAGGACGCAGUAGUUCUCAAGGAGGGGGAAGUACAGAAACGUGCCCAGGGCAGGAAACGCCUUGGCAAGAGAAACUUUAAAAAGCGAUGGCUCAGAGUGACCAACAGGGAGCUCUCCUACCACAAACAUAAAGGGAAAGAGGCCCUCUGCAUCAUCAGUGUCAAAAAUAUCCAGGCAGUGGAGAAACUGGAUGAAAGUGCCUUUAACCGCAAAAAUAUGUUUCAGGUGGUCCACUCUGAGAAGCUUCUGUAUGUGCAAGCAGGAAACUGUGUAGAGGCCAGUGAGUGGUUGGAGGUCCUGGGCCAGGUCAGCCGCUGCAACGAGGGACGCCUGUCCACCUACCAUCCGUCUAAUUACACCGGUGGAGCCUGGCAGUGCUGCAAAAACCAGAGUAACAACGCGCCAGGUUGUAAGCCCUGCACAGCCACCGUGCUGGCCAACCUGCAGCUGGACAUAGACUGUGACCGGGAAACAGAGAGAAUUUUCUCCCUCCUCUCCUCGAAUGAUACCAAGCUCCAGAACAUGGAGGAUGCAUGUGCCAGUAUGGCAGUGUAUCAGGGCCCUCAACGGGAGCAGGAGGAGUACUCCAAGUUCACCAUUCAGGAACCCAAAGAGACCUUUCAGACACUCAAACAGCUCCGAAACAUCAUGGAGGAACUUCAGAGGCAGCACAACAUGAGGAGUGACACCACGGCGCAGUACGGGAGCUUGGACAACCCCAUAGUAGGGAAAACCUCAUAACCCGGGUAGGAAGGUGUGGCCUGAAACAGCCAUACCAGCAGGUGUUGCUACACCACAGAGAGCCUGAAAGGGUCCUAACGGAGCCCCUGAGUUGUCCCAGAGAGAAAGCCCGCCGCGUGUCCAGGAGAAAAGUGAAUGAUACACCCUGACCUCCAGACAUCAUGAGUCCACUACAGCAGUGACCGCCUAAGAAGGGGAAGCAGAACAAGCUUCUCUCCUCAGCUCUUGAAAUGAAUGAACCCUUCGGUGUUGUCUUUGGCAGUACGUUGCCUCAUCUCCUCCCCUCCUCUGGUCCCUCAUAAAGAGACUCUCUCCUCGUCUUAAUUUAUGUCCUCUUGACGUCUACAGCUGUGUGAAAAAAGGCAUCAUUAGAUGGUGUGUGAAUAGGCUGCUAAUUUUUUUUAUUCACCCAAUAUUUUAUAUCAACAGCUGUGAUGAUGCUCUCCCAAAUCUUUUAAGGUUUUGCUCUGACAUCAGUCUUUAGAGCUGAUUUGAUAAUCAUCAUCUUUCUGGAGGAUCGUGCUCUAUCCGUGCCCCUUUUAUCUCUCUCUACUCUCUUAGUGUCCUUCCUCUUCUGAACAAAACGUGUACAUAUAUUUCAGAGGACAGUGAAGUAGAUGAAACCGAUCUGCCUUACUUUAAUGGAUGUUUCUUUCACAUUAAAUGCUGAGGGAAUAAUGCAGAAGCACUUUAAAUAUUUGGAGCACUCCAAAUGGAAAUGAUUAGAUACUUGGUAUCAGCUCCCCCCAUUUUGAUCAGUUACAUGAUCUCGAGUACAUUUUUUUGUUUCAUUCCUGUACAAUAACAUUUAUAGCCUGUAGAUUUUAAAAUAUUUUUCUUGACCAAAGACAAUUUCAUAGGUUUGACUUGAAAAAAAAAUUAAUUAAUGUAUUUUGAAUACAAAUGUUUUAAAAAUGGAGACAAAUUAUAUAUAUAAAUAUAUAUUUGGUUUCUGUGUAUGUUUUUGCUAACAUAUCCUUUUACUUUUUUGUGACUUAAAGGGUAACUUUGGUAUUUUUCAACCUUGACCCUAUUUGUCCAUGUUUCUGUGUCUAAGUGACUAACUGAAACAGUAACAGUUUUUGAACAUGGUCCAGUAUUGAGCAAGACUGCUGCACCUAGUAGCUGUGAAGCAGGCUGCGAUGAAGCAGCUCAGGGCAUUUGUGCACCAUCAGUUUACGUUUACCAAAAGUGCUUGUUUUGCCACUGACAGGUUGAACAACAUUAUGGAAAGGAUCCUUACAGAGAUGGACCUUUUUGUUAGAGAGUAAGAUCCUUUUUGUUUAACCAGAAACGGCCUCAAAAUCACUAUCACCAAAGCCACCAGACUCCUUUUUCAAAAUCAGUAAUUUAAGGAUGUCUGAAGCCGGCAUAUUUUCACAUUUGACUGGGUGAAUUGAGGGUUAAUUUCAACCAAACCAGAGAUGGUAAUGAAGCGUGUUUUACCACUAUGAAUUAAGUGUCUGUUUAAAUGGAGUCUGGUGCAUUUGAUGAUAAUAAUUUCUGGUUGAACAAAAAGGAUCUCAGGGUGCUUUCAGACCUAGAGUUGUCUUGCUUUGGUCCAAAUCAGGGACUAAUCUUGUUACAAAGUUGUAUAAUUGCCUAGAGUUGGUUCGUGUUCUCACAGCAGCAUUUACAAGCGGACCAGAUCAAAUGCCUUGUGCGAGAAAGCUGCUCUUGAUUGGUCAGAAUUUCGAUGUGGGAAAAAUCCAGGAAGUAAACAAAACGUUGAAGAAGAGAACACUUGCAAGAUAAAUGUGACACUUUCUAAUGUCACAAUGGAGGGACAACUACGCAGGUUGAUUUUAGCGCUGCUCAUCGUGGACUAUAUUGCUGUCAUUGUUCAUUUUAGUCAAACCAUACAGUUUGAAAACGAGGUGCGGCUCCAACUAGAAAACAAUGUUUUGAUGCAUUGGAUGUGCUGAAUGUGCAUAUUAAGGCAGUACAGGAGGAGGUGCACAUUAAUAAUCCUCCAGGACUGUAACAUGCUCAUGUUUAACACAAACAAUGUGUCAUGUGACUGCAGUUGGUUCGGAUCCAGGUCGGAACACGUUCUCACGACAAACGAACCACACCAGAGUUUGUUUGUAACCGGACUGAGACCACCUCUUCAAGAAGGUCUUGGUCCGGUUGUUUUGGUGCACACCUGACUGCGAUUGCUGUGUUCACACCUGCCCAAAGGAACCAUACUUAGGGGGCAAAAACAAAUGUAAGUUUGAUUGAACCGAACCAAACAGGGCAGGUGUGAAAGCACCCUUACUCUUUCAUAAAAAGGACUAUCGCUGUAUGGAACAAUGAGUCUGUCAAUGGCAAAAACAAGCACUUCUAGCAGAUGUAAACUGAUGAUGCAUGAAUGCCCCGAGUGGUUACAUUGCCUUUUUCGCAGCUGCUGGCUGAAGUGCUCUCGCUCAGCACUGGACCAACUUCAAACAUUUUGUUUCCUUUAGUCACUGAGGCACAAAAACAUGAAAAAGGUCCAGGGUGAAACCUGCUAAAGUUCCCCUUCAAAGGCGAGCAGACUGCAUGCAUUCAGUUUGGAAUCCUGAUAGCACAUGAUUGUGGUGUAGAGUUGUGUUUCCCUGUCAUUGUGAAUCGUACUGGUACGGUGUACAUCAGAUCUGUGCUGUCAUGUUGAGAGCAUUGCAACAUAUCUGUCGUGGCUUAUGUGAGAAAUGAUGGAGGAAACGCAGAAAGGAAUCAGUCAGACUAACAAAUUACCCCCCGUCAUCCCUGAAUUAGUGUAGACAAUCCCGGCAACUAACACUUUGUUUUCUUAUUUUUCAAAUCGGCAGCACUCCGGCUGUUUUACUUUGAAGUUUUGUGUGAAAUGUGGCUUUGAGUUAUCCACAAAGCUAGUUGCAGCACUCCACUGCCAAAACAGUCUAAAAAAAAAGAUAAAUUUAUUGACAUAAACAUUAUCAUGCUUUUAAUGUAAGUCAUAUCUUAGACACAUCUUUAUCCUAACAGUCAUAUCAUGCAGAAGCAGGGCUGCGUCUGAUCAAUACAGUAACAGAUAAUAGUCUGUGAGCUGCCUGCGUUAAUUAAAUCCAUAUCACAGGUUAUCAGAGCCCAUGAUGUCUAAAAACUAAGAUGUUUUUUUCCUCUUGGUCGAACAGAAUUUAGUUAGUUAUAUGAAACUGAAACAAGCAACCAAAUCCUUAAAAUUUUAAGAACUAAACCAGCAAAUUUUUAAUGUUUUUAUCGCUGAUUAUUUCUGUCGGUGGACUUAUUGAUUAAUCAACAAGUCAUUUUUGCGCUGGAGAAAACUUAUGAACAAUCAAACUCUUGAUUCAGUCCUGGUUUUAUCUUUUUCUUUCCCAUCAUUUGCCCAUUCGAACAAUGAAGUGUUGAAAAGAUACGAAAGAAACUUGAAUUUAUUUUAACAACAAAAGUUGUACAUGUAGUGCUGAUGAUACAGGGUUAACCAUGUUUUGUUUUUUUCUGUUUGCUGCCUGUUUUGUCUUUGGUCCGUCAUAUAUUUCUAACAUGCAUGUCUUGUAUAUUUAACAAUAUAUUUUUCUAGGAAAAUGUUUUUGUACCUUUUUUUUUUUUUUUUUUUUUUUAAACACUGAUUUGAUGUGUUGCUAAACUGCUACGGUACCUUGUUCUUUGUCUGCAGCGCUUUUUUUUUUGGCUUUUUCUUUCGUCCCUUUACUGACUGUACGUGGUCGUAGCUGCUGCCGAACCUCCACUUGUUGAUAGCUUAUCGCGGUGUUGCUGAAGUGAAUAUCGUGCGUAGUGUCCCACAGAGCUGCAGCUGGCACUGAUUAUGUCUACAUGCAGGUUGUCAGUGAAUGAGCUGCCUAAUCAGAGCCACAAAUACAACUGUAAGAUGAUUGAUUUUAAGAAAUUGAUCAUUGGAUUAACUUUGCCUGUGCUUGUGAACAGUUUCAGUUGGAAAAAAAUGACUGGACCAAAUUUCAUCAACAGUAUGUGGAUGUUAACAAGUCACAGCAUCAAGUUAUUGUUCUUGUGUAAGCUUGCAUGUCAUUGCUAGUUUUGAUACGGGCCAGUGAGCUAGCGGUUGAUGUCUUUUGGUUGUGUGCUCAUUUUCAUAUGAAGGUGAACGUGUUUUCCCUCCAUCACUGAGUUAUGCUUUAUCUGCUUUUAAUAAGGGAUUUGUUUUCUCCAUGUCUGCACGUCGUCUCUAAAAUAACAGUCCUUGACAGCAUGUGGAUGAGAUGCAUGUGGAAACACGUGCAGCGGCCUGGUAGUAGUUGAAAUACAUUAAGCCACAGUAAAAAUAAAAGGGAAAGGCUCAUACUUGCUUUGAUCUAUCAGAUUAAUACAUUAAUCAAGGCUGACUCACAUGUGAUGUGUGUUUCUGAGCACUUAAUAUUAAUUACAGAAAAGUCCAGGUUAAUGCAAGAAAAUGAAUCAAUUACAGGUGAAAAAUUGCGAAACAAUCUUCUUGUCCUGCCAAUCCACUCACAUCUGCUCUGUGACAGUCGCAGCACAGAGCAUGAUUAAAAUAAACAAUCUGUCAGAGGAUUUCACGGGAUGUUUUUCUGAAAUAUAAAAGCUCCUUCCUGUCCAGCGUAUCUCCGACUCAUCUCUUCUGAAUGUCUCCAUACUGCUUCGGUACAAUGUCUGUUCUUUUUAUACACAUGAGAUAUUUUAUUUUCCAUACAUGGUCUUUUCUGUGUCCAUUUGAAAUGAUUUACAAUAAACACUU